GUCAACAUGUGAGUCAACGUGUGAGUCAACGUCUCUCUAUUAUCAUCACUUUCCCUUAAAAAGCGACCAACAUUGUCAUUGGAUCCUCCUCAGACGAACCAACGAAGAAUUCCUCUCCAACCUCAAGCUAGCUUUCGGCUAUGGCUUCCAGCAAUUCGACCGGAGAUGGAAAUGUAGAGGAGCGAGUGGACGAGAGGAAGUACUUCGAGAAGGUGCUGGACGACAUCGUGAGCCUCAACUCCCUGUUCACCGUCGCCGUCUUCGUCGGCCUCUCCCUCGCCCAGCCGGGCCAAGUUCAGAGCCUCCAGGAUGACGACACUUGCCACCCAGACGCCAAGAUACGCAAGCGGCUUGUGGCCUAUGAGAUCGCCUCCUUCAGCUGCUUUGUUUUCUCCGGCUUCCUCGCCAAGACCGUCAAGAUCUUCCUCUACAUCUACAAGAAGCAGGACAGCACCAAGACAAACCCGCAACGCGAGUGGAAGAGCCUCGUCGGGUUCUAUUUGUCGAUCUAUGGGACCAUGGCCGGGUGCCUGCUGCUGCUCCUUGCCAUGGUCGAUGUCGUCCAGAUCAAGCUCGGCCGGCUCUCGUGCGACAGCACAUAUUCGGUCAGUACUGUCACCGUCUUGGUCAGCACCAUCGGCCUCAGCUUACUGAUCUACUUCACUACAGUGACCUACGGCCUAUUGUUCACCACCAAGAACUCGUUGCUCCAAGCCAAGGAGGAGACCGGCAAGGGGGCCGCUUGACGAGGAGAGGCGAGAAGUCAAUUAGUAGGGCCAUCUAAAUAUGCUGGACUUGUCAUGUAACUUAUAUCCAGUGUCAUUAGAAGUAGGUUAAUGUUUGUAUGUUAUGUCUUAAGUGAAGGUGUGUUAUCUUAUUGCGCAUUCCAUAA